ACAGGCCCCAUCAAACCGGGCCAGCUGUAAUAUAUACAUGGAUGCAGUUUGUGCUUCAAAAGGAGCCACUUUUUAUGUCAGUCUAUUGUUUGUAAGAAUCACUAAACACGUAACUUAGACUAACUAAACACGUUGCAAGACUGUUUCUUCGAAAUAGUAUCGUGAAAGUACCUCUUCUCGCACCUCGCCUCUUCUCGAACCUUUCAUUUGUUUACAUUUUAUGCGCAUGCGCGCACGCGCACAACGUCAUCGUUUUGUGGGUACCUACGUAUUGUUUACGACGACUCGCGCGUAGCUGUCAAUCUCCGAAAAUGCGUCACAAACAGAAAUUCCCAAUGAAAAGAGUUAAAAAACAUAAGGGGUACUCUCCAUCAGCACUCACAAAUGCUUACAAACUUGUAAAAGAAACUGGGAUCCCUAUUAAAACUGCUGCUAGACAGUAUGGAGUGCCACAUAACACCCUUCGCGAUAGGGUAAAAGGCCGCGUGGAUCCAGAAACCACGAUGACAGGUUCUGGUCCACUAUUUACAUUGGAAGAGGAGGCAAAGUUAGUAGCACAUAUUAAACUGAUGGCUGAUUUGGGGUACGGUUUUACCAUAACAGAAGUGGUCUCAAAAGCAAGUGACUAUGCAGUCUUUCUUAAGAAGAGAACACGGGACAAACCAUUGACCGUGAAAUGGUUUAAGGGCUUGCGCAACAGGUGGCCGGAGCUCAGAGUCAUAAAACGUAGGGGGUUAGCUAAAUGUAGGGCAGAAGCUACCAAUGAACAAGCUGUUGAAAGCUAUUUCACAAAUUUAGAAAAUGUGCUGAAAAGUAAAAACCUUAUUGACAAACCUGAGUGUAUAUAUAACAUAGAUGAAAAAGGGUUUCAAACUGAACAUGCCCCACCAUACAUAGUAAGUGGUAAUGCAUCAGCUCCCGCAAUCACCUCUUCACGGACAGCAACAACCACGGUCAUUGGUGGCGGUAACGCAAUUGGGACACAGAUUCCUCCCUUCUUUGUUUUCAAGGGUGCGAGAAUGAAUGAAACAUUAAUGCAAGGUGCUUCUUCAGGAUCAGAUGCAAUUAUGUCAAAGACAGGCUGGUCUAAUUCAAGCAUUUUUUUGGAAUAUUUACAAUCCCACUUCAUCAAGUACAUUCAAAGAUCUGAUCCUAAUCAGCAAAUUAUCAUCAUAUUUGACGGCCACAAAUCUCACAUCAAUGUCCCUGUGUUGGAAUGGGCAAAGAAAAACAACAUAAUUUUGUUUGUCCUUCCAGCACAUACAUCUCACGUGCUUCAACCUCUUGAUGUAGCCUGCUAUGGACCUCUGCAGAAAAUAUAAUUAUGCAUGUCAAAAAUUUAUCAGAGAACAUCCAUCUUCAAAAAUCACAAGAUACAAUAUUGCAGAAUUAGCAUCCAAUGCAUAUGUGACAGCAUUAUCCGUGAAUAACCUGAGGGCUGCCUUUGAAAAGACUGGCAUAUUUCCAUUCAAUAGAACUGUGAUAAGUGCUGACAUUUUUAAGCCAUCAAUUCCUUAUGUUGUUCCUCAAGAAAACACAUUGGCUUCUGACACUCAGCCAUGCAUUGACAAUUACUUUACAACUGCCGAAAACAUAAUUGAAAUGAAGAAAGCACACCAUACACUAAAAAAGACUUUAAGAAAUCAUGUGUCUGGUCAGGAAAUAACUAGUGAUUGCAUAAAUCAAGAAAUAUUAUCACAGCCUUUACCACGUUCCAAAGAUACACCAGUCUUUCCUAUCAACAAAAGAAAACAAACAAAAACAAAUGCAACACAUGUCAAUCAAAGUAAUGUCCCCCUCCCAGAACCUCUUCCUGGACCUUCGCACAUUGGCAUCUGUGAUACUGAUAGUCAGUCUUCUGAAGAUGAUGUUUCUGAAGAAGACAAAUGUUGUGUGUGUAAACUUUUUCAACCCAAGGAACUGAAAAACUGUGUUUCCCUUGUGUUUACAAAAUGGGCACAAUGUGAUCACCAAAACUGUGGACAUUGGACACACUUGAUUUAUUGUUGCAAACAGAAAGUUGUUCGGCGGAAUGAUGUCUUCGAAUGCCCAUGUCAUAAAAGUGAAGAGUAAAAAUACUAAAAUUGAAAUAAAAACAU